AUGUCUGUCGCUUCUAGCCGCGGAUCUACGUAUUCCGAGGGCUUCGAUGAACCGCAGCCCAGAAGCACGAGUGGCAUGUGGCAUCCCGAGAAGAACCCCGUCACCAUGACAAGUCUAGAUCUUUCGCCUCAGCGUCAGCGACGUGACUCGAUAUCAACAGACGCAUCCAACUCCACGCUCGCCAUGGACGUCCCCCACGACGAGCUGGACUUGAAGACUCCAACUGUGCACCAGAUGCCACCCCUGGAUCGCAGCACAUCGUCUCUCUCAGACACAUCCUCAGAAAUCGGCUCGCCCCAGGUGGCUGGCCCAAUGGAACAGCUCUUGCAAUCAUUGCUUUACAAAGUCAGAAAGACCGAAAGUAGUCGCCCGACUGUCAUGGCGGAGGACUAUGACAGACUCAAAUCUCGCGUCGAUGCUCUUGAAGCGGAGAAGAAGACCUGGGAACGGAGAUACCAGGCCUACUUCGAAGUCCGGGACGAAGACUUGACCAACAUCCUCAAACUCCGGACAAUGUUGGCCCAGGAGAGAAGAGAGCAUUCAGCCAUCCGCAAGCUCCGAGAUGAAGACCUAGAGAAUCUUCUCGCAGUUCGUGAAAAGCUCGCGCAGGCCUUGUGGUCCAAGCCUCAACCACCACGGACACGGACGUCAACAUUCUCCGCUCGUCAAUCGCGGAGCGAAGGAGACGACUUGUGGCAAGUGGCGAAAUCUGCAGCGAUGGAGCACAGAAUCCUGGAACUCGAAGCAGCCAACAAAGAGCUCCAGGAGCGUGCCACCAAAGGCAAUGUCUCUGGUGACGUCAGCACAUUGAUGACUCGCAUGGAAACCAUCUUUGAUGAAAGCGUCAAGCAUAGAGAAAAGAUGGCUGCGAAGAUGCAGCAGCUCAGGUCUGAAAAAGAAGCGUUGCAGAAAGAGGUUGGGUUGCUCGAAGAUCGUAACGCCGAACUAGAGUCACUCGUAGGGAGGAUGCAACGGAAUCUCGGGAUAUGA